AUGCCUCCCAAACGGCGCAAGUCCGCCGCUUCUGCGACGGCUCCGGCCACUACCGCCGCCGCCUCAGACGCGCCGCGGACGCGCACCACGCGCGGCGCUGCAACUGCAAACGACGAUCCGCAGCCCGCGCCCGCGCCGCCCGCCAACAAGCGCGGUGCGAAGAAGCAGAAGAAGGAUGACACCACCGCUGCCGCCGCUGAGGCACUUCCCGCAACCACCACCACUGAAGAGCCCACCACCACUGAGGCGCCUGCCGCAGAGAAAAAGGGUAAGGGUCGCGGCCGCGGCCGUCCGCCUAAGAACGCAAAAGGCGAUGCUGCUGCCGAAGAGGACGCGGCGUCGAGCGCGCAGCUGAACGAUGAGUUGAAGGAUGCUGCGGAGGAGGCCGUGGCAGAGCAGCAGCAAGAAGAGCAGACCAGCGCGCCGGCCAAGAAGAGGGGAAGGCCGGGUAAGAAGGCCGCCGCUGCUGCUCCUGCGGCAGCAGAUCCCGAGCCGGAGCCGCAACCGGAGCCGGAAGUGGCGCAAAAGGAGGAAGAGGCACCGAAGAAGCGUGGUAGGGGUAAGGCUGCUGCGAAGAAGGAUGCUGAGGAUGGCGCUUCUGCUGCUGAUGCUGCUGCCCCUGCUGUUGCUGUCGAGGAAGCGCCGAAGAAGCGUGGUAGAGGUGCGGCGAAGAAGGCGGAGGAGAAAGAGACGGAGAAGGAGGAGCAGCCUGCGGCUCCAGCAUCAGUGCCAGCUAAGAGGGGAAGGAAAGCUGUAGCACCGGCAGAGGAGCCUGCUGCUGCUGCCCCCGCCGAGCCGGUUAAGAAGGGUAGAGGAAAGGCGGCGGCCGCGGCUAAAGAGGUGGAAGUGCAGCCCGAGGAGAAGGCACCGGAGCCUCCGAAAAAGCGUGGAAAAGCCGCUGCUAAGCCUGUUGAAGAGAAGCCCGCUGAGGAGAAACCUGCUGAAGAGCCCAAGCAAUCGAAGAAGCGUGGCCGACCUGCUGCCGCGAAGGUGUCCGAGGAGGAGAAGCCCGAAGAGAAAGCGGAGGAAAAGCCUGAAGAGGAGGAGGCCCCGGAGCCCCCUAAGAAGCGUGGAAGAGCUGCUAAGGAGAAGCAGACUGAGGAAGCCUCAGAGCCGCCGAAGAAGCGCGGACGGGCAGCAGCGAAGGACAAGGUAACUGAGGAGGCCGUCGAACCGCCGAAGAAGCGUGGCAGGCCUGCCAAAAGUCCGGAGAAGACAGAUGCACCCGUUGAUGAGGCGCCGAAGAAACGUGGAAGGUCUGCAAAGGCUCCUGAGGAGGCUGCUGUUGAGGAAGCAAAGGAGCCGCCGAAAAAGAAGGGUAGGGCUGCAAAGGAGAAGAAGGUGGAAGAACCUGUCCCGGAGCCCACCGUAGAGCCCACCGCCGAGGUCCCCAAAGUGCCUACUGCAGAUGCUACCGAGGCACCCGUCGAGGCACCAAAGAAGCGUGGACGCGGCCCGGCUAAAGCAAAGACCGGAGAAGAAGCAUCUGAGGUUGCCAAGGCGUCAAAGGGUCGCGGAAAGGCUGCGAAGAAGGACGAAGUGGCUGAAGACGCAUCGGCUGCCAAGAAGGGUAAGGAAAAGGAUACGUCGAAGGCGACUGACGCUGCUCCCAAGCCCCGUGGACGCCCGUCGAAGUCGAAGAGUGCCACUCCUGCGGAGGCGAAGGCCGAGGAACCCAAGAAAGGAACCAAGCGCAGCCAGCCGGCGAAGGAUGCUGUCGAGCAAGCCGAAGAGCCCGCUCCGAAACGCCGUGGCCGUCCUCCGAAGGCUGAGGCAACACCGGCAGAAGAGGAACCCAAGCCUGCCAAAAAGACAACGAAGCCGAAGAAGAGUGAAGCUAAAGCUGACGCACCUGAGGAGCCGACCCCCAAGCCCAAGAAGCCGGCAAAGACAGCUGAGGCAAAGAAGCCCGCUGGAACCGCUGCAAUUGAGCGUGAUCCGAUUAGUGGACUUGCUUACUGGCUUCUGAAAGCCGAACCUGAGUCUCGCAUUGAAAACGGCAAGGACGUCAAAUUCUCCAUCGAUGAUCUCGCUGCUGCUAGUGAGCCUGAGCCUUGGGAUGGUGUUCGCAAUCACGUCGCUAAGAAUCACAUGCUGGCUAUGAAGAAGGGUGACCUGGCCUUCUUUUAUCAUUCGAACUGCAAGACGCCAGGUAUUGUUGGUAUCAUGGAGAUUGCUGAAGAAGCUGCCCCCGAUGAAAGCGCAUUCGACUCCACGCACCCUUACCAUGACCCCAAGUCGAAGAAGGAGAAGCCCACAUGGUAUUGCGUGAAGGUUGCUUUCCGUCGCAAGUUCGCACGUCCUGAAACCGUCACCCUCGAUAAGCUGCGGGCGCUCUCUAAGGAUGGCCAGCCAUUGGAGAAUAUGCAGCUGUUCAAGCAGAGCCGCCUCAGCGUGUCCAACGUUCGUCCUGCGGAAUGGAACUUCAUCCUCGGUCUCGCCGGUGAAGUUGCGGAUGAGGACCAAGCUAUUCCACAGAAGGCAGCCGAGCCCGUUCCUGAUGCGACUGAGGGUGCUAAGGCGCCAGCCGAAGCAACUGCUACUGCGAAGGAUGAUGCGGCCAGUGAGCCCAGUGAGCCGGAGGAACCCAAGUCUGACGAUGACGCCCUCGGGUUGACGAUCGGCACGCCCAAAGGCGCUGCAGCUCUGCUUGAAGCUGCCAACGACGACAUCCCUGAAGACGUGCCUACCCUCGUAACCCGCGAGACUACCACCACCAAGAAGCCGGAUGGCCAAAUUGUGGAGACCAGCGUUGUUGAGACUGCAACCGUCGUGGAGCCUCCGUCAGAAGCACCCGUCAACGGCGGCCCAGUUGCUCCUGUCGCCGAGCCAGCUGUUGAGUCUACCACUCCUGUUUCAUCUCCUCCGCAGACCUUCCACGACCUGCCCUCUGAGACGAGCCCGCUUGCCGGCUCGCACCAGCCACCGUCGGCUAAAAGCCAGCUCUACGGCUCGCACGACCUUUCCGUCCGUAGCCCGCCCGCGUCGAUACAGGCUGUGAUCGACAGCGCAUCCGAUGCAACUGGAGGCGCGUCCGCCGGCGCUGUCGUCGAGACCACCGUCGCGGUUGAGGAAAACGGCGGCACUGUCACCGGAAAGGUCAUUGACACGAUCACCGCUCCAGUGGUUACUGAAGCGAACCCGGCCCUCGAAACCACCAGACCUGCUCCGGCGGUGCAGCCAGCCGUUCUUGAGCCGCCGGUUGUUCAGCCUGCGGAUGCUGCGUUGGCAGAGGCUGUGGCGCCGGUCAUCGAGGGUCCAACUCCGAGUGGAGCUGUUCAGGCUUCGCCGCCCAUUGCGAAUAUGAGCGCUCCGAUGAUUCCGUUGGCGACCGCUCCUGUGGCGCCGAUGUUUGGCGGAGAGGGCGAGAGCGAGCAUCAAGUCUAA